UGUAAUGAUUACGCAGCAGAAACAGAAACAGUGUAAAGAUACUAGCUGUACAUUUAUGGGUUUAAUUACGGCUGACAUAUAUAUGUGCAUACAUAUAUGCUUCCCAGGGCUGCAAAAUAUGUCUCAAACAUGAAUGAAGGUAAUUCAGCAGGAGGGGGGCAUGAAGGGCUAAGCCCGGCCCCUCCUGCUGUGUCAGACCGUGUAACGUUACAAUCAACGGAAAAAUCAGUUACAACGCCAAAAUCAACAGCCUCAACAGCUCAUAACAACAAUAAAUCAUCUUCAGCAGUAGCAACAACGCCACAGCAACAGAAACCCAGCAAACAACAACAACAGCAGCAGCUGCUCAGUGCGCAGCUGCCUGUGCCGCUGUCGAACUUGUCGACAGAGGCAACGGCAGCAGCAACGCCAGCAGCAGCUCCCACAUACUCCAAUUCAGCAACAGCAGAAACCUCCGUCUCCGUCUCAGAUUCCACAUCGCCACCCCAGGCCAAACGUCAGCGUUUAGAAGAUACGGAAACGAGAGGCGAGGCCGCCAGCGAUAGCAAAAACAGCAACAUUGUUGGCGCUGUAAGCAGUAAUAUCGUUGGCUCAUUGCUGCCAGCGUCGGUUGUGGCCAGCAGCGAAGUUGGUGGGGCCAUUUCAACGGCACUGCAGGACUUAAAUGCGCUCAGGAAGCGCGUACUCCAACAGAAAUAUCAAAUUUUGCGUAAUCUUAAGGAAAGACAUCUUGAAAAUGUGUCCGAAUACUUUUAUUUACAAAACGGUGGCAGUAUGAUGGACUACCCCGCGUGGCGUAAAAAGACACCAACACCGCAGUUCAUCAGCUACAGCAAUGCGAAUCGUAUCGAGCAGCUGAUACUCGAAGAAAAGCCAAGCACAUCCGCCGCCGCAGCAGCAGCCGCUGUGGCCCAAGGACACAGAACAACACAACAACAACCUCCAAAUUUGGAUUCGGUCGUUAACAACAGCAACAGCAGCAGUAGCAUCAGCUCUGCAACAGCAACAACAACUACAGGGACAACGGGCAUACAGUUAGAGGCGGAUAACACCACACAAGAAACGAACACGCAAUCUCUAUUGCCAGCAAAGCCUGGUAGUAAUACAACAUCAGCAGCGGCAACAGCAUCAUCAAGUCCAAGCAGCAGUGGAUCAACAACUACAACCACAACUGGAACAUUGUCUACAACUAACAGCUUAGUGGAGACGAGCGGUAAUGCAUUGCCACCGGAGGCGGAAAUAAAGAUACCAGCUGUUGGUGCGACGCCGGUUGCCGUCUCCACGAAGCUACCCGCCGCCGUAGUACAGUUGACGCAGCAAGGUGGCACGCCUCUGGUGCCGUGCAGUAGCUCCGUGGGUUCAACGGCGCUGCGUCGUCCAAACUCGCAACAGAAUGCAACGGGAGCAGCGACUGGAGCAGCGGGUGGGGCAAGUGGCGGAGCGACGACAACGCCACUGUACACGGGUGGGGCCAACGGUGCGACUGCGAGCGCUGGUGGACUGACGCCCUGCACGCCUGGUGGCAGCAGUGGAAGUCUGUUGAGUCCACUGGCGGCAAGUACAGGCACACCCAACAGUGCGCAGGAGUUUUCGUUUAAGGCCAAGCAGGAGGUGUACGUAAUGCAGCGUAUAUCCGAACUACAACGAGAGGGAUUAUGGACUGAGCGGCGUUUGCCCAAGCUGCAGGAGCCCAGCCGCCCCAAGGCGCACUGGGACUAUCUGCUCGAGGAGAUGGUUUGGCUGGCAGCUGAUUUUGCGCAGGAGCGCAAAUGGAAAAAGAAUGCGGCCAAGAAAUGCGCCAAAAUGGUGCAAAAGUAUUUCCAAGACAAAGCAAAUGCGGCACAGCGUGCCGAGAAGGCGCAAGAGCUGCAUCUGAAACGUGUCGCCUCCUUCAUAGCUCGCGAGGUGAAGAGCUUCUGGUCAAACGUGGAGAAACUGGUCGAAUAUAAGCACCAAACAAAAAUCGAGGAGAAACGCAAACAGGCGCUCGAUCAACAUCUCAGUUUCAUAGUCGAUCAAACAGAGAAGUUCUCACAGCAGCUGGCCGAAGGCAUGAAUAAAAGUGUUGCCGAAACGCCCAGCCUGACAUCCAGUCGGUUAACUUCACCCAAGCGCGAAUCUGAUGACGAGUUUAGGCCAGAAUCUGGCUCUGAGGAUGAUGAGGAGACAAUUGCCAAGGCCGAGGAAGAAGCAGCCGAUGUCAAUGAGGAGGUCAAAGCGCUGGCCAAAGAAUCUCAAAUGGACUUUGAUGAUUUUCUCAAUGAUUUGCCGCCCGGCUACUUGGAGAAUCGUGAUAAGCUUCUGCUAGAGGAGCAGAGCUCAACGAAAGGCGCUGCUUCCGCUAGUGGGGCCGAUGCUGCCGAUGGUGGAGACGACAGCGAUGAUAGCGAAUUUCAGGCAAAGGAAGCCAGCGAUGAUGAUGAGAACACCAUCAGCAAACAGGAGGAGGCGGAGCAGGAAAUUGAUCACCAGAAGGAGAUCGAUGAACUGGAAGCGGACAAUGAUUUGACUGUUGAGCAGCUGCUAGAGAAAUACCACUCGGGUAAAAUUGAUGAGCCGCCCAGCGCCAAGAGACGCAAAAUAGCUGUGGAGACCUCGGAGCAGGACUCAGAUGAUGAUUCAACUGCGGUUGAAGAUUCAACAGAUGGCAGUGAAGUGGAAGCUAGUGAUGAAGAAGAUGAAGAUCUCUCUACCAUCAAGACCGAUACAGACCAGGAAGAGGCGGAGCAGGAGGAUGGUCUCAAAAGUCUACUAGCUGAUGCCGAUGGCUCUGUGGUAGGCGGCGCGAGUGCUGCAGCUGCUGUUAGCAGCAAAGACAACAAGGAUGACAUGUUAAACGAUGCUGCCGCACUGGCCGAAAGUCUUCAGCCCAAGGGCAACACGCUAUCCUCCACAAAUGUGGUUACGCCUGUGCCAUUCCUGCUGAAGCAUACGUUGCGCGAGUACCAGCACAUUGGACUCGACUGGCUGGUCACGAUGAACGAGCGCAAACUCAACGGCAUCCUUGCCGAUGAGAUGGGCUUGGGCAAGACAAUACAAACGAUUGCACUGCUGGCGCAUUUGGCCUGCGCCAAGGGCAAUUGGGGUCCCCAUUUAAUUGUGGUACCAUCAUCUGUGAUGCUGAAUUGGGAAAUGGAGUUCAAGAAAUGGUGUCCCGGCUUCAAAAUACUCACCUACUACGGCACCCAAAAGGAGCGCAAAAUGAAGCGUGUCGGCUGGACGAAACCCAAUGCGUUUCACGUCUGCAUUACCUCCUACAAACUGGUCGUUCAAGACCAACAAAGUUUUCGGCGCAAAAAGUGGAAAUAUCUUAUACUAGACGAGGCGCAAAACAUUAAAAACUUUAAGUCACAGCGCUGGCAACUGCUGCUCAACUUUUCCACCGAAAGACGAUUGCUUUUGACAGGCACGCCGCUGCAGAACGAUCUAAUGGAACUCUGGUCCCUGAUGCACUUUCUCAUGCCGUAUGUGUUCUCCUCGCAUCGCGAAUUCAAGGAAUGGUUCUCCAAUCCCAUGACUGGCAUGAUCGAAGGCAACAUGGAGUACAAUGAAACGUUAAUUGCCCGACUACACAAGGUCAUUCGUCCAUUUCUGCUGCGUCGCCUUAAAAAGGAGGUGGAAAAGCAAAUGCCAAAGAAAUACGAACAUGUGGUCAUGUGCCGUUUAUCCAAUCGUCAGCGUUAUCUGUACGAAGACUUCAUGAGCCGAUCCAAAACCCGCGAAACAUUACAAACUGGCAAUUUGCUAAGUGUGAUCAAUGUGCUGAUGCAGCUGCGCAAGGUGUGCAAUCAUCCGAAUAUGUUCGAGGUGCGUCCAACGAUAUCGCCGUUUCAAAUGGAGGGCAUUGCAUUCCAUACACCGCGUCUAGUCAGCGACAUCUUGGAGUAUGAUCCGUUCACGCAAAUCAAUUUGGAGACAGUCAACAUGUUGCUGCUGAAUCUGGAACAAACGCUAACAGCCUACGUCUCGCACAAAUCGCGCUUGCUGUCGCCACCACGUAAAUUAAUUGAGGAAAUUGACAGCGCACCGCAACCCCCGCCACGUUGCCCCAACGGCAAGUACCGCUUUCACAUACGUGUUCGCAGCGCUGAGCUGGCGCAGCGCAUCAAGCUGCAAGCGGUGCGCGUUGGCGCUAGUCCGGCCAUGCGACUGGAGGGCUCGAAAAUUGUGCCAAUGCGCAGCAUAUUGCCCAGCGGGCAUGUGCUGAAACGUGUCAGCGGUACCAUUAAUCCCAUCAAUAUGGCCCUUAAGCCUGUGAUUAUUAAUAACCUAAUGUCAACGUCGGUCAGCAACAGCAGUGGCAGCAGCAGCAGCAGCAGCAGUUCAGCUCUAAAUGUGCUGGGCAGCAGCUCGAAGUUGCUAAGUUCGCGUUCACCCAUAAGUGCGCCAACGCCCGCCAAGGUGGCCAAGACGAUGCAGGAUGGUAAACCCUUCUUCUACCUGGCGCCUGCAACGAAUACCGGUGGGGCUGGAGCGCGGCUCACGCUGACCAGCAAAACAUCAUCAAGCACAGCAACAACUGCGGCAGCGGGAGGCGCAACAACUACGAGCAGCAACUCACCAGCACAAAUGCAGCAGUUGAGCAAGGAGCCCAUUGUCAAAGAUCUUGCCACGCAUGUCAAGCUGACGGUACAAAGGCAAACCAAUGGCAAGUCUCAGGAGGAGGACUCAACUUCAACGCCGGAGGACGCGGAAGAUCCCUACCGCAUGCAGCAGCUUAUACAGAUGCGCAAGGAGCAACGCUUGGCCUCGCUUAAGCGCAUGGCUUUCAUCAAUCGUCGACGCACCGAUGCCACGCCCAUUUAUGGCGCCGAUUGCCGUCAGGCUAUUGAAGGUUGCAUGCAGGCAACACGCACAUUGAAGCAUUCCACAUGGCAAACGCGAGGCUAUGCGAACUGCAAUGUUGCCAUGCGUCAGCACAACGACAACUGGUCGCUGAAUGUCCUCCUGAAAAGCUUUGAACAGCGUUGCGCCGAGCUAGCGCCCAUCUUUGCCAAUUUUGUGAUCUAUGUACCGUCAGUGUGUGCGCCACGGAUUCGACGUUAUGUGCAGAAUUUGUCAUCGACACAUUGGCAAAACGAGCGGCAGAUUGAGACGAUGGUAGCCCAAACGCUAUCGUCCAAGCUGACGCUGCUGCAUCCUAUCAUCUCAGCGAUGACAACACAGUUCCCCGAUCCGCGUCUCAUUCAGUACGAUUGUGGCAAGCUGCAGACAUUGGAUCGUUUGUUGCGGCAGCUAAAGGUUGAUGGGCAUCGUGUGCUGAUCUUCACGCAAAUGACCAAGAUGCUGGACGUGCUGGAGGCAUUCCUCAAUUAUCAUGGACAUAUUUACCUGCGGUUAGAUGGCUCGACACGGGUGGAGCAACGGCAAAUACUUAUGGAGCGUUUCAAUGGUGACAAGCGCAUCUUUUGCUUCAUUUUGUCUACGCGCUCUGGUGGCGUGGGCAUCAAUUUGACCGGAGCUGAUACGGUGGUCUUCUACGACUCGGACUGGAAUCCCACGAUGGAUGCACAGGCGCAGGAUCGUUGCCAUCGCAUUGGUCAAACGCGAGAUGUGCAUAUAUAUCGAUUGGUGUCGGAGAAAACCAUCGAAGUGAACAUCCUGAAGAAGGCCAACCAGAAGCGCAUGCUCAGCGACAUGGCCAUCGAGGGUGGCAACUUUACGACAACCUUCUUCAAGAGCUCCACCAUAAAAGAUCUGUUCACCAUGGACCAGACGCAAGAGCAGGACGAAGGCCAGGUGAACGAUGGUAAGCCCGAUGAGAAGGACAAGAUAAUCGCUGCAGAAGUUGAACCAGCCAUCGAAACGGAGAAACAAUCGCUGCGCGCCUUUGAGCAUGCUCUGGCCGCUGCCGAGGAUGAGCAAGACGUCCAAGCCACAAAGACAGCCAAAGCUGAGGCAGCCGCCGACCUGGCCGAGUUCGAUGAGAACAUACCCAUUGCGGAUGAGGCCAAUGCGGAAGGCGGCGGUGUGCCCGUUGAACUGAGCAAAGCCGAUCUGGAAAUGCAAAAUCUUGUCAAGCAGCUCUCGCCCAUUGAACGCUAUGCGAUGCGCUUUGUGGAGGCCACCGGGGCCGCCUGGACAGCAGAGCAGCUGCGCGCUGCCGAGGCGGAGCUUGAGAUGCAGAAACGUGAAUGGGAGGCAAAUCGGCUGGCGGCCAUGCAGAAAGAGGAACAGCUGCUCAAACAGGAAACGGAGGCCGAUGAGCUACUGACCUACAGUCGCAAGGAUGCCAGUAAUCAGGUCUGGAUAUCGCGCAACAGCAUGGAGCUAAUGCCGAUGUGGUGUCCGCCAACGCCACCGCAGGAUAAUAAUGACAUCUACAUUGACCACUCGCUGUCGUUUAUGUACGAUCUGGAGCCCAUACCCGAGACGGAGCUGCCGCCAGUGUAUGUGCGACGCGAGCUCAAGCGUUCGCGCACCGAUGCCGGCUUCGAUGGCAGUCGACGUCCCAAUAAGAUGCGACGCGAGGAUAACUAUGUGCCGCCACGUUCGCUAUUUGAUCGUCCAACAGCACAGCUGGCACGUCUGCGGCGGGAGUUAAAGAAUCAACGAUUCCGCGGCAGCUUUAAGCCCAACUCAAUGAUACCCGGCUUGAAGCCACAAUUGCCGGCUAAGCCGCUGGCUGAGCCAGAGGCCAUGAGCGAGUGGUGCGUGUUUGAGGACAUGGCCAUUUUACACGUGCUGAUCAAUUUGCAGGGGCUGCCGUGCAGCCUGAUGCUGCUCUCGCCGGGACAGACGCCCAAUUGGGACUUGGUCUCGGAGCUGGUGAACUUCUGCUCGAAAACGUAUCGUUCGGCCAGACAAUGCCGCUGGCGCUACGAGACGCACAUACAGCCGCGCGAGGAGGGCAAAGUGGUCGAGAGUCCCAAAAAGCAAAAGAAACUGAAGCCCACACUGCGCAUGGAGUACAUGAAGAGUCCGUUGCGUUAUCUGCGCACCACGCAGCUCUAUGCCAGCGACAACAACGCUUCCUUCUAUAAGGUGAUGCGGCAACGCUUCGAUACCAUAAAGACGGCAUAUUUAAAGAAAGCGCCGCCACCGAAGCGUCAGUUCAAUGCGCCCAGCCUGAUGAAUCCCAAGCAUAUGGAGGUGCUGCAGAAGUUUGGCAUAUCCAACUACGAUCAGCCCGUGUCGCCCAAUAAUAUAGCCGUGAUGAAGGCCAACAAAAUGCGCGAUAAGCAGCGCGGACAAAUGCCAAUGCAACAACAACAACAGCAGCAGCAGCAGCAACAACAACAACAACAACAACAACAGCAGCCAGUUCAGCAGCAACAGCAAGCCGUGCAGCAGCAGCAGCAGCAGCAACAACAACAAAUGCAGCAGGUGCAACAACAACAGCAGCAGCAACAACAACAAAUACAGCAACAGCUGCCAACAGUUGCCAGCGUGCAGCAAUCGGUGGAAUUGGUGCCCAACACAACGGGGACAACUGUUGCUGUGCCCACCGGCAACACGGGUCAACUGCAGCAGCUGCAGAUACAACAUUUGACCAGCGCCAAUGUGGCAACAACGCAACAGACGGCGAUAUUGCUGCAUCAGCCACAGCAACAGCAGCAGCUGCGCACGCAAACCACCACACAGCAGCUGGUGAAGACGAUUGUUGGCACCACAGCCAAUCUGACUGCGGGUCAACUGCAGCAGCUGGCACAUCAAACCUCGAACAAUGCAGGAGGCAGUGUGCAGCUGCAAGCAGCACCGCCGGGCAGCCAGUCCAGCGUCAGCGUGGUGCUAACCACGCCAGUGCAAUCGCUGCCCAUUGCAACGCACAGCAAUGUUAACGCCGGCUCGACAGCUCAGAUAGUGUCCAUUUCCUCGCAGACGACGCUGCCAGUGAAUACGGCACCGCAGCUGGGCAGCAUUGUGCAGACCCAGACGCUGCCUCAGGUUGUAUCCGUUGGCCCAUUGACCACCACAGCCACGGGCCAACAGCAGCAGCAACAACAACAACAGCAGACGGCAACGGGUACAGUGACCAUGCUGCGUGGUCAGCGCAUUGUGUCUACUGGUGCAGCCGGUGGCAAUACGCUGCAGGAUGUGGUGCUGCAGCAGCGCACCACGGCCGGCGGUCAGUCCAUUGUAUCUAUGCCCGGUCUGGGACAAAGUGUGGGGCAGGGUCAAUUCCAAACGCAGCUACGCCUGGCGGCAGUUUCCGCCUCACCCGCCACACAGACAACCCAAUUGGUCACCACAAAGGGUAUACCUGUUAGCGCACUGCAGCAGAGCAGCAAAGCGGUGCUGUCCGGCACCCAACAGCAGGCGGCGCACAUUCAACUCUAUCGGCAGCGCAAUCUGAAAGUGUUGCAAGCACCGCAAGGCGGACAGGGAGGCGGAGGCGUCACGGCCAGCUUGAAUCAGACUGUAGUGCAAACAGCAGGCGGUGCCUUAGCCACUGGCACCAUCAUCCAAGCCAGCAAUCUGAUGCAAACGUCGACGCAUGUGACCAGCCAAAAGGUGGCCGUUACUGGCAUGCCAGGCGCGACCACCGUCCAAGCGGGCAAUGUGGUUAGCUCGGUCCAGAUGCACGGUCAGGCACGCACGCAGUUUAUCAAGCAAAUGGCAGCCGGCAAACAGGGCCUGCAGCGUCAGGUGCUGGCCACCGAUGGCAGCGGCGGCAGCGGAGCACCUGGUACCAGCGAUAUGCUGCUCGUCAAGCGGCACAAUAUACUGGCUGCCCAGAAGGCGCAACAGGCCACCGGGCCGCUAUUCACAACCACCAGCAGCGGCAGCAACGCCGCACAGCAGCAGCAACAACAGCAGCAGCAGCAACAGUUGCCGGUGGCAAGUGUCGUGCAACAGCAGCAGCAGCAGCAAACGCAGCAGGUGACGCAGCAGCAGAUCGCCUCAUUGGUUAAGGCCUCCACUGCAGCGGCGGCUAGUGGCAGCAGUGUCAGCGCCGGCGGCGUAACAGUCUCGGCCACGGGUCCGCCCACAGUGCAAGCGGGCAGCGUGAACAUGACGCUGCCGCAGCUAAAACCGGGCAGCCAAAUAAAGGUGACGAUGCCAAAUCAAAUGCGGCAUCUGCAUGUGCAACAGCAGCUGGGCAUGACGCGCAAGAUCAAUCGCAUGACCCAGCUGGUCAGUGCUUCGGGUCAGCCCACGGCCACCAAUAUUGUGGCCACAACGGCAGGACCACAGCAGCAGCAGCAAACGCCGGGCGGCGUCACCGUCUUGCCCGCCGGCCAACAACAACAGCAGCAGCAACAGCAGAAGACAACACCUGGUGGCGGCAGUUUGCAGGCGCAAUUGUUGCAUAUACAAAACACCAAAGCGGUAACCGUGCAACAACUGCAGCAGGUGGUGCGCAGCGGGCAGCAGGCGGGCAUCGUCCUGGGCAAGACGAGUGUGGGACGCGUCAUACCCGUUUCGGUGGCCUCACAGGCCACACAACGUCAGACCAUACAGGUGGUUUCGGCCGCAUCGGCGCAGGCUUUGGCUGCUGGAAAUCUGCGCGCUGGCCAAAAUCUAGCCAGCGCCUUGAAGGUGGCCACCUCGGGCGGUGGUCAGACGACGCAGCAGACGCUAAUUGCAGCACUGCAGCAUAAUCAAAGGCAGAAUGCCAGUCCUGUGCGUCUGCAGACCACAGCCGGUGGCAACUUGCUAGCCGUAGUGCAGCAGCAGCAACAACAGCAGCAACAACAACAACAACAACAACAGCAGCAACAACAGCAGCAGCAGCAACAACACACAAGUAUUGCUGGACCCACAGCAGGUCCGGCUGAGGUAAUGACCAUAACGCAGACCUCGGCGCCUCUGCCAACAGUUGCCAGCCUGCAACAGCAGCAACAGCAGCAGCAACAACAACAGCAGCAACAACAGCAGCAACAACAGCAGCAACAACAGCAGCAGCAGCAGCAGGUUGGAGGCGUACAACAGCAACAACCAACGACGCAACAGCCAUGAGCCGACGCGCCGCCUUGCCUGCUGCUGGAUCCUGAGCGGGAUUUAAGUGAUGAUGUUGUGUGAAGGGCGUGGCUCACACACACACACAUGCACACCGCACACAUACACACACACACUCACACAGCUUAAGGCUGUAGUUAAUUGUAAUUAUAUAAAUAAGUUUUAGCCGUAUUAAUUAUUUAGCCAAAACAAUUUAACACGCAAAUCUGUAAAUCGUAUUCCUUAAGCUUCUCCUAGCUUAUAGAUCUAGUAUAUAAUUAUAAUAUACAUUUAGAACUUUAACUUAAACUUUUAACAUACAUAC